AACUACGAUAGUGGGGAUACAGCACUACAGUAGUCGUGUCGCCGUUGUCUUAUUUUGCAGUGAAGUUUUCAGUUUGCUUUCAUAUACUUUCAUGCUUUCAUCUUUUCGUCGCCGCUACGGUUACAGUCACAGUAUCACGCAGUCUCACGAGUCUUUGGUAGCUUUCGCUCAUUUGCAAAAUGGCUGAUCACAGAGAACGAGACUCAUAUUAUUCGCAGACCGACCCGCGUUCAAAAAAUGAUGAUCCACCAAAUUCACGUUUGUUCGUUAUCUGCCACAAAAGUUUGGAAGAGGAAGAUCUCAGAAAAUCAUUUGACAAGUUCGGUAAAAUUGAGGAUAUUUGGGUUGUUAAAGACCGCAAUACGGGUGAAAAUAAAGGCGUCACUUAUAUUAAAUUUUCAAAAACAUCUGAAGCGGCGUUUGCCUUGGAAGAAAUGAAUGGAAAAAUGCUAGGAUCCAUUGGCCGUCCAAUUAAAGUUAUGAUUGCAUCUAACCGCGAUCAAGGAUCCGUACGAGAAACAAAUGAAGAAGAGAGAUGGGUGAGAUUAUUCUGCGUUCUACCAAAGUCAAUGACCGAUCACGAAUUACAACAGGAGUUUUCUAAAUUUGGACCGAUUGAGUAUGCGACUGUUGUCAAGGAUAGAAAUACAAAUGAAUCCAAGGGAUUCGGUUAUGUCAAGUUUAAAAAAGUAUCAAGCGCGGCACGAGCAUUUGAAGAGUGCGAUCGUAAAUACAAAGCAGUAUUUGCCGAGCCAAAAAAACCUAAACCGGAUCACUCUGAUUCAAAGUACAACAACAAUGGAUUAUCGAUGCAGUACGACAAUAUGAGCAAUAACUUCGGGUCAUCUAGCUUUGGUAAAAGUAGUAUCGGUCUGGAAAUUGCAACCAAUUAUCCUAAUCAAGAGGGUUACACUCGGCUGCAAGUGAUCGCACACCCGGCGUUAAAUCAAGACCAGCUUUGGAAGCUAUUUGACAUAGUGCCUGGUUUAGAUUAUUGUCAACUUAAGACAGAUAUGAGAUAUAGAGUACCACGCGGACAAGCGACCGUAGUUUACUCACAUCCAAACGCUGCGGCUUAUGCUCGCGAAAAGUUUCACGGGUUUGAGUAUCCACCAGGUCACAGGAUGAUCGUUAAGCCGGACAUGACUGGCGCACCAUCACAGAAAAGUUUAAAACCUGGUGGAUCUAAUAUUAGUGGACUGGGUCCAGCUAGAACAGACCUUGCUCAUCUAGCGGAAACAAUUGCCCAAGCUACAUCGUUAAUUCAAGCAGCUGGACUAACGGCACCAAGUUUGGAGCAUACAAUGACUAUGAAAUUACCACCAGUGCAGCCAAUGGCAAGUAUAGACGCAGAUGUUGAAAAAAGGUGUUUCAUUGUUUGUGGACCACCAGUGCCUCCAAUUUAUGCGAUGAAAGAUGCAUUUUGUAGAUUUGGAAAUCUUAUUGAUGUUUAUAUGUUGCCUGGUAAAAAUUGUGGCUAUGCAAAGUACGCAAGUGUUGAGAGUGCAAAUCGCGCUAUUGAGACACUGCACGGACAAGAGAUAUGUGGUUCUCGUUUGAAGGUGUUAGAGGCUGAAGAACGUAACGUUGGUGAUGAUCGCCGAAAACGUUUGAAAAUGGAUGAGGAACAGAAUUAACUAGAUGGAGUGUCACACUGACUGGUAACCCAUAAACACAAGCUGGACGCACGCAACAAUGAGACGAAUUUUAAGACUCACUUGACCACAUCGGGCCUGCAACUGAGGAAAACCCACUUCAACUAUCUAUAAAAAAUAAUAAUUACAACAACUGAUUGCUUACAAUUGCCACUUCAACAUUACCGAAAACAAUAACGUUACUCAACUUAAUAUUUAUUUUAUUUCUCCUUUCUUUGUUUUUUAAACUCAUAAUCUCCUCACAAUUGAUACACAUAUACAUCACAUUUAAUUGUUCAGUCACUUAUUUGGGUAUAGAGUAAAAAACUAUCGGCUUUUGAUACGUUAAGUAAAGUUUUGGACACUUUAAAGACAGAAAAAAAACAUCGUUAAUGUUUUUAUUGUAUUCCACGAUUCUUUAAUUACCUUUCUCUUAUGUCGAAAUUAAUUUAAAAAUAUCCACGAAUUGUAUGGUGUCCAAAACUAGUACUUUUACCCUAACAAUUGUGCGGGGACUGAUUUUAUUUCAGUACUUUUUAAGUUUGUGGCUGUGUUAAUAAUCAAUAUUGCUCACUUGUCGUUUUAAAUAAUUAAUUAAUAUACCGGUUGUGCUUUGGGAAAUAUUUAUUAAAAAUUUUUUAAUCCAAGAUGAAAAUUAAGAUGCUAUUAAACAAACAAACUAAAAUAGUUAUAAUUAUAAUAAUAUAAUUGACGUCCUACAUCUAUUUUUAUACAGAAAAUUAAAAAAAAAUUGCUAUGGACUAGUGCCGAAUACGGUUCGUAAGUGGAGGAAUAAUUAUUAACAAUUAUGAAAAGUUUACUUUGAAAUUUUUAUUUUCAUACUAAAAAAAAAUAAAC